UGACGGCAGCAGUCAGUCCUGAAAGCAGCCGUAUAAAACCUCCCUGGCUGCGGUGGAAGUGGACUCUCAUCCCGCGGCGUCGGCAGUGAGGCAGCGGCCGGCUAACGCACUCGGUGCCGCGGUAUUUGCGGAGGGAACGACUCCUUGUGUUGCUCCGUUGCUACAACUUUCCGGAGUCCAGCCGCCGCUCAGCGCGACCACACCCUCCCCGCUUCCUCAUAGCGCAGCAGCGGGAGCGCGCAGCCCCGCUUUGAAUCCCCGGGAAUAACGGCCCCUUCUCCCCGCUGCCUGUCCGGGUCCGUGACCGUGGGACCAGAAAGAGCGAGUGGGUUGAAUGCCCGAAGGCCACCGACUGGUAUGGAUGUGAGGAGCGACUCCCCACAGAGGACAUGCGGGGCCACACACUCUCCGGUCCCGAGUUAAGACGCGGAGGAGGAGGAGGGCGGACAGACGGACGAUGCAUAUGGAACCGAGGCGACCGGAGCAACUGCUAGCUUCUAACCCGGGGCUCUGUCCGAAAAAGAAGAGGUUGAAAGCGGAUUGAGGGCUUCGUGUGCUUGGACUGUCGCCCUGUCGGUGGAUUGUACUCGGGGAGGGACUCCUGAAAGGAUGGUGCUGGAGGGAAACGCAAGUCUUCCCGCUACCCAGAGGAUCCGCCCGGGUGUUGCCCCGUCUGGAACCAGCAUGAGUACCACAGGCCGGUCAAAGUCAGCGGGAACAAGUCGGACAAGGUGUCGGUGUUGUGUCAGGUUGUUUAUGGACACUAAAUGAGAUCCUGUUGAUUUAAAGAAAGACCUCAAAUAACCUAGUUCAAGUUGAGCUGCUGUUUUCUCGCCUGCAGUCUAACUAGUUCCAGUUGGGAAUGUGUUUGAAAAAGUAAGGAGCUUCUGACAUUGUUUUCACAGCCUUAUUCUCAAUCUGCACUUUGCCUUGUUGAAGGCUCCCUGGUGGUUCUGCAGCUUGUGUGUGAGUUUCUUUUUUCAUUAACCAAAACCUGUGAAUCUGUUCCACAAAAACCUGGAACUACAGUGAGGAGAUUGACUUUUUUAGUAAUAAUGAAGUGUGUUGUUCAGGGCAUUUAAAUUCAAUUAAAUUCACUUGGAUAAGAUCAUAUAACACCCAACACUGAUUAGUCAGAAGUUGUGGGGAUUGUUGGUCAGCUGUGUUACAUGGUAACAUUACUAAUAACCAGGGCAGAUAACUGAGAAUAUGCCAGAUCAUGGUCUUGACUUUUGUUAUGAUUUACUUUAGAGGAGCAUUAGUUAACGGUGAGGGUGUUAUUCGAACAUAAAUGCCGUAAUUAAGUUUUGCUUGUUACACAUGUUUACAUUGAGAAUACAUGUCCUGUGUAUCAACAUAUAAUAUUCAAUUCAUUUUACUCUGAAGGAAUUUAAGUAAGACUGUUUAGCCAGUUGUUAUUUUAAGGAAUUUGUAAAAGACAGUGAGGUGACGCUUAUGUUGGAAAUGUCUUAAAAAGUACAAUGCAGUGUGCCGCAGAAGAAAACUAAAUAAUUGAACCCCUCCAGAAGAUCAGUUUGACCCUCACCCCCACCCCUCCACACACAACCCUCCUUAUUAUGGCUAGUGGUGGUUCUGGCAAAUCGGCUAGCGAGGGAUCAACCAGCACACCCAGUGGCAGUUUGCAGCAGAGGAAGCGUCUCUCCUCCAUCUGCGACACAUGUAAAGGCAAGAUGCAGCUGGUGGCUGACCUCCUCCUGCUGGCCAGUGAAACCCGGCCAGUGAUGACCCACGAAGGUGUAGCAGUGGCCGACACCUUUGACCAGUGCCGUGACACGGUCAUCGCCAGGACUAAAGAACUCUCCAUUCUCACCCACGACAUCCAGAGCCAGCUCAACAUGGGCCGCUUCACAGAGGUGGGGGACCGCCUCUUGGAGAUGGCAGACCUUGUGGUGUCUCUGACUGAGUGCUCAGCCCAUGCCGCUUACCUUGCAGCCGUGGAGACCCCUGGCUCUCAGCCCUGCCUGUCGGGUCUGGUGGACAGAUACAAAGUGACCCGCUGCCGACACGAGGUGGAGCAGAGUUGCGGCAUCCUCCGAAUCACACCCCUGCCAGACCUCACCCCCCAACUCCUCCUGGAGCUCUCUCAAAACAUCUCCACCAACCUCAAGACUCUGACGGAUAUCUCGUCGCUGGCCAGCGAGAGGUCUAGGGACCGCUUUGCAAAGGAACAAUUCAAGUUGAGUGUCAAGAGCAUGAGCACGAGCGGCACGGCCUUCCUGGCGUGUGUCAAGGAGGUGAAAACCCAGCCCAGUGAGCUGACCAGGAACCGCUGUGUCCUUUUUAAUGCCGCCCUGGUCCAGGCUGUCAGCGCCCUGGUUGGGUUCGCCACAGAGCCUCAGUUCCUGGGAAGAGCUGCGAGUAUCUCCACUGAAGGGAAGGGGGUACAGACUGCGGUUUUAGGGGGGGCCAUGAGUGUGGUUUCAGCCUGUGUCCUCCUCACUCAGGGUCUUAGGGACGUUGCCCAGCAUCCAGAGAGCAGCUCAAAGAUGGCAGACUACCGGGAGCGUCUGCGUAACUCGGCGUGCGCCGUGUCAGAUGGCUGCACUCUGCUCACUCAGGCACUCAGAGAACGCUCCUCUCCAAGGACUCUGCCGCCAGUCAACUCUCAUUCUGUGAAUUAGCUUAGGAAGAGGCACCAUGAUCUCCAUUCGCCUCUGUCCUAUACUGACGUACCAAAGAGACUCACUUGGGUUAUCCCUGUUCAUCAGGUUUAGAGUCAGAGUAACAUCAGAACAAGGCUGUGGCUCUGUCUAUGUUGGUGAAAGUCUGUCGAAAUCAAAGGAGCACAAAAACUUCCGCUGCAUGGUUUUGUGUCGCGCUGGAUGUGACUCAGACCGUGUUAGAAAGGGACCACCUGACCGCUGUCAUCAGCAGACAGCAGCCUUCUAAACCUGAAAAGUUUACCUCAGUUUUCAGCUCCGGUGAAAACACCAGCCUUGAUGAUGGAUGUAGCCUUGCUGUGUGAACCUAUGGUUGGCUGACCUGCUCAAUUACAUGUGCUUUGUGAGAUUGGAAAGAGUGAUCAUCUGAGUGUCUCAAAGGAUAUUUUUUUCAACAUGUGUGAAUUCUUAAUUGGUAAAAAGCUGCUGUGAGUGUGUGCCAUAGGUUUUACACUAUUUACCAGAUGCGCAUAGUAUUUUAAAGUGUUUUGAUCAUGCAUGUAAUGGAGUAUUUAUUUCAACUAUUAAAAUGUUGUUUCUGAUA